GAUACCCCACCCCCACCCCCACCCUCCACCGGGACUCAGCUUCUUUCUCCCCAGACCCAGUGGAUACGUGUCAUGGGGCAGCGAACCCUCCUCCUGCUGCUCUCGGGGGUCCUGGUCCCGACCGAGACCUGGGCGGGCUCCCACUCCCUGAGCUCUUUCGGCACCUGCGUGUCCCGGCCCGGCCUCGGGGAGCCGCGUUUCAUCGCGGUCGGCUACGUGGACGACACGCAGUUCGCGCGGUUCGACAGCGACGCCCCGAAUCCGAGAAUGGAGCCGCGGGCGCCGUGGAUGGAGCAGGAGGGGCCGGAAUACUGGGAAGAGGUGACACGAGAUGCCAAGAAAGGUCAACAGAGAUCCCGAUCAGGCUUGAACUCCCUGCGCGGCUACUACAACCAGAGCGAGACCGGGUCUCACACUCUCCAGUGGGUGUUUGGCUGCGAUGUGGGGCCGGAUGGUCGCCUGCUGCACGGAUUCUGGCAGUUCGCCUACGACGGCAGAGAUUACAUCUCCCUGAACGAAGACCUGCGCUCCUGGACCGCGGCAGACACGGCGGCUCAGAUCACGAAGCGCAACUGGGAAAUCUACGGUGAGGCAGAGUUCCAACGGAACUACGUGGCGGUCAAGUGCGUGCAGUGGCUCCACAGACACCUGGAGACCGGAAAGGACACGCUGCUGCGCGCAGACCCUCCAAAGACACAUGUGGCCCAUCACCGCAUCUCUGACCGUGAGGUCACCCUGAGGUGCUGGGCCCUGGGCUUCUACCCUGAGGAGAUCUCACUGACCUGGCAGCGUGAUGGGGAGGACCAGACUCAGGACAUGGAGACUGUGGAGACCAGGCCUUCAGGGGAUGGAACCUUCCAGAAGUGGGCGGCCCUGGUGGUGCCUUCUGGAGAGGAGCAGAGAUACACAUGCCGUGUGCAGCAUGAGGGGCUUCAGGAGCCCCUCUCCCUGAGAUGGGAACCUCCUCAGCCCUCCAUCCUCAUCUUGGGCAUCAUUGUUGGCCUGCUUCUCCUCAUGGUCACUGGAGCUGUGGUGACUGGAGCUGUGAUCUGGAGGAAGAAGCACUCAGGUAAAAAAGGACGACCUACACCCAGGCUUCAAUGUGAGACAGCUGCCUUGUGGGGCUGAGUAAUACUCGGUCCCGCUAUGUGAUGUCAGAUCCCCAGACUCCUCUUUCUGCAGCUGCAUCUGAAUAUUCCUGUGCUCCUAUUAGCAUAACAUGAAGAGGUGGGGAGACUGCCGACACCUGCCCACCACGCCCCCUCCCCACCCUUACCUGUGUUCUCCUCUCUCAUCCACUGUCGGGAGCCGUGUUAGGCAUUAACCAGGAAAUGGAGGCACGGCCCCAGACCCCUCUCCUCAUUCCGCAGGCACGGUCCUGGGAUGAAGGAGUUAGGCCUUGUAAUUCUGACUUGUUUUUUCCUUUCCUCGGCUGAGUGGACUGAAAAGAAUAUUAAGGUGCUUAUUGUUUUUGAGAGGAGCGCGAGAAGGCACAAAGCCUUCUGCAGCUGUGCUCAGAGAAUAAUUUAUAAAGUUAAUCAGUGACAUUUGUUCAAGGACUUUUGUGUUCCAGGAUGAGCACGCAGACCGCAGCUUGAGGCCAUG